AAAAAGUCAUGACCCUUUCCAAUACCAACUGCAGGCUUUGCCCUGCAUAAGACUUGAGCACUGAGCUACUGUGAAGCUCCCCACCCUGAGGUCCCUCUCCCUCUGGAGUUGUGUUGUACAGUAGGAGUCCAGCUAACCAGCCAAAAUGUCCAAGAGCGAUCCACGGGAUAUCGACGAGGAUGCAAUCCUCAAGGGCCUCAGCGCUGAGGAGCUGGAACAGCUGGAGUAUGAACUCCAGGAGAUGGAUCCAGAGAAUGCCAUUCUCCCAGCCGGUUUUCGUCAGCGUGACCAGACUAAGAAGACUCCGACGGGUCCGUUUGACCGCGACGCCCUGCUGACGUUCCUGGAGAAACAGGCGAUGGAGCAUGAGGACAGAGAGGACCUGGUGCCUUUCACCGGAGAAAAGAGAGGGAAGGCUUUUGUGCCAAAGCCUGGUGCAGGGAAAAUCCCCGAGGAGGAGCAGAUCACCUUGGAGCCCGAGCUGGAGGAGGCCCUGAAAAACGCCACCGAUGCUGAGAUGUGCGACAUAGCCGCUAUCUUGGGAAUGUACACACUGAUGAGUAACAAGCAAUAUUACGACGCCUUAGGAGCGACUGGCAGGAUCGCCAACACGGAGGGCAUCAACAGUGUCGUUAAGCCUGAUGUGUACAAAAUCUACCCUGACGAGCCUCCAAAUCCAACCAACGUUGAAGAGACCCUUCAAAGGAUCCAGAAAAACGACAGCAGUCUGACAGAGGUUAACCUCAACAACAUCAAGGACAUUCCCAUCCCAACACUGAAAGAGAUCUUUGAGGCCAUGAAGAGUAACAGUCACGUGGUUAGCCUCAGCAUAGCCGCUACUCGCAGCAAUGACCCUGUGGCUUACGCUGCAGCAGAGAUGCUUCAGAGUAAUACCACCUUAGAGAGUCUUAACAUUGAGUCCAACUUCAUCACAGGAGAGGGGAUAUUGGCUAUCGUCAAGGCGCUGGCAGAGAACUCAACGCUGGUUGAGCUCAAGAUUGACAACCAGAGACAAAAACUGGGUGAUUCGGUAGAGAUGGAGAUUGCCAACCUGCUGGAGAAUAACCCCAGCAUUCUGAAGUUUGGCUACCACUUCACCCAGCAGGGUCCACGAGCCCGGGCAGCCAGCGCCAUCACAAGAAACAAUGACUACCUUAGACAACGACGAAUUGAACACAAAGUACAACCCGGAGAGACACUGCAGGGACUGGCAUUGAAGUACGGCGUAUCGAUGGAAACGAUCAAAAGAGCAAACAGACUCUACACGAAUGAUUCCAUCUUCUUGAAGAAGUCUCUGUCCAUUCCUGUGAUAUCAGAGCAUGAUUCACUUGGUAAUGGAGUGGAACCAGUCAAAGAGAACACAGAUCAAGAACAAACAGCAUACGCAGAGAUCGCUAGCACGAAUGGGAAGCCGACCUCUGAAGAGAGAAAAGAAGGGAACUCGGACCUUUCUCCGAUGGACUAUUUGAAACGGAUCGAUAGCUUGAUCCAUGAAUCAAAACAAGCAGCUGUGAAGAAAUGUCAAGAAGGAGAAAAACACCUUUCCACAAUGGAACAGCUCCGUGCCUUACAUCAAGGCCCGAGUGUCUCCCAGCCCAGCCCCACCCCAAUCAACCAGCAAGCAAUACUGGGAGCUGUUCCACUCACCAUCACCAAACGCACCAGAAACCUGAAGGAGAGGGAGGAUGACUUGUUUCAGCUCUGACACAGGCCUGUGUCUGUGUCACCAGGAUUUAGUCUGUUCUUGUAGUGUCUCAAUACAAAAUCAACCACAGGGAAUGAGUGUCAGAGUCCUAGAUACAGACUCAUUGGUAGAAUGACAUAUGACUUGUAGAAACAAAGUUUUUUAUUAUCAUCAA